AUCAGCUAAAUACAUAAUUACGAAGCAUGCCGGUGCAAUUACUUAAAUAAAUUAGUAUGUAAAUAAAAAUUAUAGCAUAGUAGUUUUGUUAUAAACGUAAUAAACCGAAAUGGUGCAUUUAUUCACAUUCUCUGCUAAGCGUUUAUUGACAAAUGCCAAGCGCCAGGCAAUUCAGCGUGGCAUUUCUGCGCUGUACAUAACCGGCGACAAGGCGAAAAAGAACUACGCGCCUCUUCAGCCGUAUAUGGAUUUUGAAGACACACUUAAAAACUCUGCUCCUCUCGAAAAGAGUAUAAAGGCUCGAGGCUCACAGAUAAAUCUCAAUGAAAUAAGAAGCAAAUAUGAGAAAUAUCACAGCUUGCAAAAUCAAAUAAAACAAGUGGAGACUGAGCGAGAGGCGCUGUCUAAUAAGUUGAAGGAGCUAAAUAAAGCGGGCAAUGCAACAAAAGACGAAAUCGAGAAACUGAAAGAGAAUGGCAUAGCACUUCGAAAUCAUUUAAAAGCGCUGAAAACUCAAGACUAUCCAAUCGAAGAAGAUUUCGUUCACUCAUUCUUAAAUUUGCCAAAUAUCUUGCAUCCGGAUUGUCCGCAAAACAAUGUCGAAAAGGUGCUCUAUCGCAGCCCAACACCUCGCUGCGAGGAACACCGGCCAACGCAUUUGGCGAACAAAGAAGAGAUAAUUUUCCAAAACAAUGAUCGCUACUACUUGCUAGGCACGCCAGCAGAGUUCGAUUUGUACAGCAUGCAAGCAUUGGCCAAUUACUUUGCUGAAAAGGGCGGUUUUCUGCCAAUGGCAAAUCCUGAUUUUGUGCGUCUAGUGCUUUUAGAAGCGAAUGCAACGCCUCUGGAAAAAUACCACCUAGUAAAGGAGGAAGAUCUUGUCAGUGAAGUUAAUCGUGCUUAUUUGACAGGCGGUGCUUCAUUCGAAAGUUUUUUAGGUGCCUUUGCGCGUUUAGUGGUUUUUCCCACGUCUUUGCCAAUACCGUGCGUGGCGGCUGGUAGAAAUUACGAAAAAAUCAAAAGUACAAAUGAAGGUACGCAAAACCUUUUCACUGCCACACAAAGCAACGCUGUGCAAACGUUUGUGGCAACGCGAACUGCUGAUGAAGCACACGAAAAAAUGGAGAAUAUCUUAAAUUUAGCUGUAGAUUUUUACAAGGAACUGGGCGUACAUUUUCGCAUAAUCUAUGCGGAUGCUAGCGCGCUGACGAAUGCCGAAUGUUUGCGUGCAAAUAUUGAAAUGUAUUCACCGGCGGAGCAACGUUACAUAUGUGUGGGACGCGUUAGCAAUUAUGGCGAUUAUGUUUCGAAACGGAUAAUGUUUUGUAUACGUGAAAAGAAUAAUUACGAAUUUCCGCAUUUAGUGGGUGGGCCAGUGCUGCAUACAACACGAUUAAUAGCUAUACUAAUGGAGAAUGGAUUAAAGCUGGAAGAUUGCAAGUUACUUGGGGAUCUAGGUUGCCAACUGGAAGCUAGUAAUACGGCUAUGAAUGAGUUUAAGGAUUUAUUCAAAUAAUUUUUAAUUAAAAUUCUUAAGACUUAAAGUUUCUGCUGUUGAUGAAUUAUAAUUAAUUUGUGCGCAGUUUUUCUAGCAGCCCCAGUACUCAGACCAAUGCAGUAUAAUAAAUAAAUGCAACAAAUGCACUUAAUUGCUGUCGUAACUCUGCAUUCUGAUUUAUGGCUGAAUGCAAAGCAGGGUACCUGCAUAGAACAGUUUUAAGGAGAAAAGCAAAUAAAAAAAUGUAAUGCAUACGUCAUAC